AUGUCAACAAUAAAAGAUGAAGCUAAUAAAUAUAAAGAUGAAGGUAAUCAAUAUUUAAAAGAUCAUAAAUUUGAAGAAGCAAUAGAAUCAUAUACAAAAGCAAUAAAUUUAGAUCCAACAAAUCCAAUUUUUUAUUCAAAUAGAGCUCAAGUUAAUAUAAAAUUAGAAAAUUAUGGAUUAGCUAUACAAGAUUGUGAUUUUGCAAUUGAACAAAAUCCAAAUUUUUUAAAAGCUUAUUAUCGAAAGGGAGUUUCACAAAUGGCUAUAUUACAACAUAAAAAAGCUCAACAAAAUUUUAAAUUUUUAUUAAAUAAAUUACCAAAUGAUAAAUUAACUUUAGAAAAUUAUAAACAAUGUACAAAUUAUUUAAAAAGAGAAGCUUUUGAAAAAGCAAUAGCUGGAGAUUCUCAUAUAUCUAUUUUUAAUACUAUUGAUUAUGAAAGAAUACAAAUUGAAAAAUCAUGGCAAGGACCUGAUUUGAAAAUUACAACAACUAAAGAUUCUCAAGGUAAUAUUUUAGUUGAUAUAUCCAAUUUAGAUGAAAAUUAUUUAAAAUAUGUUAUAAAUCAUUUUAAAAAUGGUGGUAAAUUACCUAAAAAACAUGUAUUUGCAAUAAUUGCUAAAAUAAAUCAAAUUUUAAAAAAUGAAAAAAGUAUGACUGAAAUUUCAAUAAAUCAUUCAAAAUUAACAAAUUUACAAAAAUCCAAUGAUGAAAUAAUUGGUGGUGAAAAAUUAACAGUUGUUGGAGAUACUCAUGGACAAUUUUUUGAUGUUUUAAAUUUAUUUAAAAAAUUUGGUAAAGUUUCUGAAAAUCAUAUGUAUUUAUUUAAUGGAGAUUUUGUUGAUAGAGGUUCUUGGUCAACUGAAGUUAUAUUAUAUUUAUAUAUUUUAAAAAUCUUGUAUCCAAAAAGACUAUUUUUAAAUAGAGGUAAUCAUGAAACUAAUGAUAUGAAUAAAACUUAUGGAUUUUAUGAUGAAGUUGAAUUUAAAUAUAAUAAAAAAAUUUAUGAAUUUUUUACUGAAAGUUUUGGUUCAUUACCUUUAUCUUGUUUAAUAAAUAAAGAAUAUUUAUGUAUGCAUGGAGGAUUAUUUUCAAAUGAUAAAAUUAAAUUAGAAGAUUUAAAAAAUAUAAAUAGAUUUCCUACAAAUGGGUCCUCACAACCUCCAAAAGAAGGUAUUGCAAUGGAAUUAUUAUGGACUGAUCCACAAAUAAUAAAUGGUAGAUCACCAUCAAAAAGAGGAAUUGGUAUACAAUUUGGUCCAGAUAUAACUGAAAGAUUUUGUUUAAAUAAUAAAAUUAGAAAAAUUUUAAGAUCUCAUGAAGUUAGAAUGUCAGGAGUAGAAAAUGAACAUAAUGGUAGAUUAAUUACUAUAUUUUCUGCACCAAAUUAUUGUGAUUCAACUGGGAAUUUAGGUGGUGUUUUACAUUUCACUGAAAAUCCAAAUUAUGAUUUUUCAAAAGAUAAUGGUGAAGGUUAUAAAUUAAUUGAUGAUAAAAAUUGUCCUUGGAUAUUAUCUAAUGAAACUUUUGAAGCUGUUGAACAUCCAGAUAUAAAACCUAUGGCUUAUUCAAAAGGUGGAUUUGGAUUUUAA